UUGACCCAGCACUCCAGAGGAGGAGCGAAGGCGCUGCGAAACGGCAAGAGCUCCCCCCCACCCCAGACACCAACAAAAAAUUACAGCCAUGCGAGCCAUCCGCUUGGACUCAGCUGCUUUCAGAGCACAUACAUACAUACUUGUGUGACAGCAACAGUGCAUAGAAGCAGCAGCGACAGCAGCAAUGAAAUGCAGUUAGCAGCAGCCCUACAGCUGGGAGGCAAGAGGCAGGCAGGCACCAGUCUGGUCCCCGUGGUUGGAAUUAUCUUCCCCUGAGCCUGUCUGCAGUGUCUCUCCAGCUGUGCCUGCUUUUUUAAAAUUAUUAUUACCGUUGUUAUCACGGCUAGGAUCCUACUCGGCGUUUCUUUCCAAAUACUCUUGUGGCUUAACUCGGGCGUGCGACUCCCUGGGUGACUGCAGUGUCUUCUCCCCUCCUCCUCCCUCUCUCCUCUUCUGCUGCAUCCUUCUCUCCCAGGAUGGCGGAGGCUGAAUUGCACAGGGAAAGGCUACAAGCUAUUGCAGAAAAAAGGAAAAGGCAGACGGAAAUAGAAAGGAAGAGGCAACAGCUCGAAGACCAAAUACUUCAGCUGCAGCAUUUCAAGUCAAAAGCACUCCGUGAAAAAUGGUUGCUGCAAGGAAUUCCUGCCGGUUCACCAGCAGAAGAAGAAGCCAGGAAGAGGCAGUCAGAAGAGGAUGAGCUGAAGGUGAAAAACCUUGAAGGAAACAUCCAUAGGUUAGAACAAGAAAUAGGAAAACUAGAAAGUGAAGAAUCCCAAAUAUCUGCCAAAGAGAAAAUCAUCUUAGAGAAACUAAAGGAAACGGAGAGAUCCUUUGAGGACUUGCAAAAGAGCUUCUCACGCCAAGAUGGAGAUGCAGUAAAUUACAUUUACUCCCAGCUCCCCGAACUCACAACCCUCUAUUCACGAACAACAGAGCCGGUUCCCGGGAAAGACGGAACAAACAGGGUAACUGCUUUGUACAGCAUGGAAAUUAAUGUGGAGAAAGACAAACAGACAGGAGAGACCAAGAUUCUCUCUACGUCCCCCAUUGGCCCAGAGGCUGCCCUUCAAAGAGGAAUCAAAGUCUAUGACGAUGGUACCAAAGUAGUCUAUGAGAUGCACUCUGGGGGUGCGGUGGUAGAAAACGGAGUGCACAAGUUGAGCUCAAAGGAUGUAGAUGAACUCAUUCAGAAGGCUGGACAAUCAAGCAUAAAAGGAGGGACUGUGUCGAUAGCGGACGGAAACCUCAGUCAUAUGAAGGAACAGAUGCUUUUCAAGGAGGCCAAACUAGAGAUGGUGCACAAAUCCAGCAAAAGGCAUUCCGAGAACCCACGACACCAAGCGAAACUUUCUGGGGAUGAAGUCCCAGAAGCCACCGCAGAUCACCCUGUAACAAUGAUAUUUAUGGGUUACCAAAACAUUGAUGAUGAAGAUGAGACAAAAAAGGUGUUGGGCUAUGAUGAGACAAUCAAAGCCGAACUGGUCCUCAUCGACGAAGACGAUGAAAAGUCGCUACGUGAGAAGACUGUGACGGAUGUCUCAACCAUGGAUGGAAACGCCGCAGAGUUGGUUUCUGGGAGGCCCUUAUCGGACACAACUGAGCCCUCCUCACCAGAGGGGAAGGAGGAAAGUCUACCAAUGGAAAAACUCCCAGGUACAGAAAAGAAAAAGCGCUGUCAAUGCUGUAUUGUCAUGUGACCACCUCUUCCUUUCUUCCUCUUCUUCCGAGCAGCUCGUGCUCCAUCACUCCCUUAGACCUCACUGUAUUUUUCUAACUGCAAUACUGUGAACUGGAAGUGACUGCCUCCAUUGCCUUGCAGUUGGGUUUCUCUGGUUUUUUCUAGUUCUUCAAGGGAGAUGAAUCGUGAAAUUGUGAUUUCUCACCAAAUGCACUGUUUUAGGAUUAUUUUUUAAAAAGGGUGAGACAGAAACGGAAAGUGAACACACACAAAAUCACUUUCGUAUUUGAAACAGAUCUUAUCUAUAUCUAUAUAUCUAUAUAAAUAUAUAAUAUAUGAAUAUGCAUCGAUGGCUGUGUGUGAAUAUGCAUAUUUAUAUAUUGCAUAUAUUUAUGAAACUUAUAAAUGUAUAUUAAGAAUUUUACUUUAUAUAUCUAGCAGGUAUGAUCAGCCUCCAAGGAUGUUGCAGGACUCUUUUAAGUUUCACAUACAUGUGAGCCUUAAACUGCUUUUUAAUGUGAGUGUGUGUUUUCUUAAAAAAAAACAAAAAACCCCCCACAAAAAAUAGGUUUUAUUUUUUACUGGGGCAAGGGGAGAGCACAUGAUCAUGCUAGUAUUUUGAUAUUACAGCAUUUGGGCUCUUCCUUCCCCAAAAAGCUUCACAACCUUUGUUUUGUUCUAGUAGUUUUUCAGCAAGACUUGCCCCCAUAAAACCUCCAACAUAACUGCUGGGGCUUGUGCUUAGCGGGUGGGUCACAAACAAGUGAGUUUGACUCAGCAAAGCACUGCUCCUGUGCAACCUCCAUUCAUUUUCAUGGGGUUGUGUGCCAGCUUCACUGCUAUGAAUUAAUGUUCCACAGUAGCUACAGAGCUGUAGCUACUCCUUGGGCUCCUCAGAAGAGAGUUCAAUGUAGGUGGUAUCAUUGGCUUCAAUGGGACUUGUGUGUGUGCAGCUGUGUGUUGGCCAAAGCAGCGUCCAACGACCUUGUGCCAUCCAGAUGUUUUGGACCACAACUCCCAUCAGCCUCAACCAGGACCAUGGCUGAUGGGGCUUGUAGUCCAAACCAUCUUGAAGGACACCGGGUUGGCAAAAGCUGUCUUACAGACCUGGAGUAUAUUUUACAACAACAGAAACACAACAUGGUUCACGCCAACAAAUGCAGCUGACAGUGAAAUGGAAUUCUUUUUCUGCCUAGAGAAUUGAGAGUGAUGGUUUUGCACUUGGGUUCUGGCCUUCCCUAAAUCUUCCAGGUUACAGUAUUGUGUACCUGCUCCAGCUCCAUACCUUAAGACGGAAGUAGGCAUGUUGGGGGGAACAGAUCCAUGAUUGAAGCACAGGCACUGAUUUUAAUGACUUGCCUUUUGGUAACAGUGCCUCCAUAUUUUUUAU